CGGAAAUAUUACCGGGAUAUUUUUACAUUUAUACAAAAAAGGCGGGAAAUGUAUAUUUAGCAAUUAACAAUCAGCUGUUUAUCCAUUCCAAAAUAAUCAUGAGCAAAAAUGCUGUUAGAAGUGUAGCUCAAAAUCUAGGUGUAACUUCCCAAUCUAUUAUAAGAAAAGCAGAAGAAUUGUUACAGCUGGUUGAUAUCAGAGUUGGAAGCCAAAGUUUAACUGCUCUCAACCUUACAGGAUCAUGUUGUGUAGUGAUGUGUAUAGACUUAGCAGCUACUGGUUCAGGACAACCAGUAAAUAAAAGUGAAGCCUUGAGAUUAUCUGGAGUGAAUAAAAAGAUUUAUAGAAAUGGUCUUAAAACUCUUGAAAGUAUGCUAGGCUUAGAAGAACGUACCACAAUUAGAGAUCUGGCAAUAAAAUUUGGUUGUACUGGAGCUUCAGAUUUGGCAAGUCAAGUUUUACAAUCAUAUGAAAAGUCCUUCAGUGGAGCAGAUAUGGAUUUCUCUGGAUCACUCUUUAUGGCGUCAUCUCUUUGUGCAGCAUGCAGAGUUUUAAAAAUCAAAGUUGACAGAACCAAAUUGAUAGAGGUUUGCAGUAUAAAGAGGUCAACAUUUGACAAAUUGACAACAGAUUUGGAAAAGAUAGCUACAAAGUUGAUUGGGAACAAGAAAGUUGUGCAAGAAAAGAAGAAAAACACUAUUGUUGAUGAUAUAGAAAGGCUAGGUCAAGAUGAAGUAUCUACCCCUAAGAAACAGAAAGAAGAGGAAGAACAGAAUAUAAAAACUGACUAUGAACAAUGGAAGAAACAAAUUCUAGAAAACGCAAGACUAGCUAUUAAAGAUGGAAAAUGAAAAAAAAAAAACAGUGUUAUCCAUUUCUUUAUGA